AUGCAGCCGAGCACUCCAGCACCUGUUACUCAAUCCUGGUCCAUCAGUGAUGAAUCCUUAGGAAGGUAUGUCUACUUUGCAAGCGAGAGCUGCAUACAGGAGCUCUUGUCCGCUUCAGAUGCAAGCCGGUCUGACACCGCCGACAAAUGGAAGAUUCUUGCACUCGAAAAUGGCAUCGAGAUAUCAAAGCGCCGAUCGGGCUCCUUUCACAUCUUUCGCAGCCGUUGGUUGCUUAGAUCAGUCUCGCCCCAACAGUUCAUAACUGUCGCUAAUGCCAUCGACGCUGCAAAGCAAUGGGACCCUGACCUGGUAGAAGCCAAGUACAAAAAGGACAUCUGCCACAACCUCAGCAUCAUAAGGCUCAGGUUCGGCGACACGUCGAAGCCAGUUUUCAAGAACAGGGAAUUCACUGUCUACGAGCGACGUGAAACCAUGGAUGAUGGAACUCUGGUGGUUGCGGUCGCAUCGCUUCCGAAAGAGAUAGCGGCCGGGCUGCAACUGAAGCAGCAAAACUUGAUCAGAGGGUUCUUGCUGCAGUCAGGAUGGGUGGUGGAGAAGCUAGAAGACGAUUCAUGCAUGGUAACUUACAUAGUUCAGUUGGAUCCGGCAGGAUGGCUACCGAAGUUCUUCGUGAAUCGGCUCAACACAAGGUUGGUCAUGAUCAUCGAUGAUCUAAAGAAAUUAGCGCAAGCUUGUCGAGUCGAUGGCCCCAUCUGAUUCAUUUAUUUUGGAAUGUUUGGAUACACUAUUGGAUUGAAUUGCAGUUAUUUAAUCUAAUUAAGUGGAAAUAGCUAACGUGUAAUUUCCUUAGCAUCCAUGGGUUGUGUUUGGACAGCUCUAAAUCUGUAACUCAGAUGUGAUUUACCUAAAUACUAGUGUAGUCAAUGGCACCGUUUGGAUUGGAAAAAAGAAAUGUAACUGAAAUAUUAAGCUU